AGCGGCUGCAGGGGAAGGGGCUGGAGGCAGGCUUGCUGCUCGGAGGCUGGACCACACGCUAGCAUCCUCAGGGCUCCCAGGUCCGGGGAUCCCUAGUCUAGCGGUGCUCGCCCACAGCAGCUGGACGCUAGCUCGCUCCGGGGCGGCCCCUGGGGGUGGCGGCGGCUUCAGCCCAGCCCCUCCCUCUUCCCUGGCUUCCUCUUUUCGCCUCCCUCCUCGCUCCCUCACCACGUAGGAGUUCCCAUUCUCCACCCGAGCCGUCCUGCUUUCCCCCCUUUCCUGCCUUUUGGAAACCAGAGACUCCGAGGGAGGCGACCGGGCGGCAGAGGAGAGGGCCGGCUCACAAAGUGCUGCUUUGACACAUCCUUAGGAUGGAAGUUAAGUGAAAACAAAACAACACAAAACAAAACUCCGCGAAGUGUUGCUGCUACGGAGAAGGAGACCUGGGCGGGCAGAGGAAACCCGGUGGGCAGGCCAAUGGUUGUUCCGCAGCGCGUUGGCAAGUUUGUGGAACACUUUCUAGGAAUUAGGUCUUUUUUGUCCCCCGUCAUCUUGACUUCUGAAGAAAGAACUUGUGUUUGGAUUGCAAUGGAGUCUAAGGAGACAGGGCUAGAAGCACGUGAAUAGUCCCGCCAGCUGGGCUGAAUUUGUGGGAAUUUCGGAAGCCAGCCUGUGGAAGUAAAGCAGCUCUUGGAGUCCCUUGGGUUCAUUCGGAUGGCUCCUAACGUGUCCCGUGUCAGAACUCUUCUUCACCAACAGCUUCUGGUGUUGCCAUUUUGCUCUUCUUGACCUUAAUUAAUCUCUAGGAAAGUCUAAACUUCGGACCUACCUCUUUUUUUGAUACUUAUUUUUGUACUUCUGCUCUCUGGGAUUGGUUUCUUAAACAAUCUGGAUCCUUUUUCAUAUGUCAAAAUGAGUCCGCUGAUGUUUACACUACUAUUGCUCUUUGGAUUUCUCUGCAUUCGGAUUGAUGGAUCUCGUCUUCGUCAAGAAGACUUUCCCCCCAGGAUUGUAGAACACCCUUCUGACGUCAUUGUCUCCAAGGGAGAGCCCACCACUCUGAACUGUAAGGCAGAGGGCCGGCCGACUCCCACCAUUGAAUGGUACAAGGAUGGUGAGCGGGUGGAAACAGACAAGGAUGACCCCAGGUCACACAGGAUGCUUCUGCCCAGCGGAUCCUUAUUCUUUUUGCGAAUUGUGCAUGGGCGCAGAAGUAAACCAGAUGAAGGGAGCUACGUUUGUGUCGCAAGGAACUAUCUUGGUGAAGCAGUGAGUCGGAACGCAUCUCUGGAAGUGGCAUUAUUGCGAGAUGACUUCCGACAAAACCCCACAGAUGUGGUAGUGGCAGCUGGAGAGCCUGCAAUCCUGGAGUGCCAGCCCCCGCGGGGACACCCAGAACCCACUAUCUACUGGAAGAAAGACAAAGUCCGAAUUGAUGACAAGGAAGAAAGAAUUAGUAUCCGUGGUGGGAAACUGAUGAUCUCAAAUACCAGGAAAAGCGAUGCAGGGAUGUAUACCUGUGUGGGCACCAAUAUGGUGGGAGAAAGAGACAGCGACCCCGCAGAGCUGACUGUCUUUGAACGACCCACAUUUCUCAGGAGGCCAAUUAACCAGGUGGUGCUAGAAGAAGAGGCGGUAGAAUUCCGUUGUCAGGUCCAGGGAGAUCCACAGCCAACUGUGAGGUGGAAAAAGGAUGAUGCAGACUUGCCAAGAGGAAGGUACGAUAUCAAAGAUGACUAUACCCUGAGAAUUAAAAAGGCCUUGAGUACAGAUGAAGGUACCUAUAUGUGUAUCGCUGAGAAUCGGGUAGGGAAAGUGGAAGCCUCUGCUACUCUCACUGUCCGAGUUCGCCCUGUUGCUCCUCCACAGUUUGUGGUUAGGCCAAGAGAUCAGAUUGUUGCUCAGGGCCGGACAGUGACAUUCCCCUGUGAAACUAAAGGAAACCCACAGCCAGCUGUUUUUUGGCAGAAAGAAGGCAGCCAGAACCUACUUUUUCCAAACCAACCUCAGCAACCCACUAGCCGGUGUUCAGUGUCACCCUCCGGGGACCUGACCAUCACCAACAUCCAGCGUUCAGAUGCGGGGUACUACAUCUGCCAGGCCUUAACGGUGGCAGGAAGCAUCUUAGCUAAAGCGCAGUUGGAGGUUACCGACGUUUUGACAGAUAGACCUCCACCCAUAAUCCUGCAAGGACCUAUAAACCAAACACUUGCAGUAGAUGGUACAGCGCUACUGAAAUGUAAAGCUACUGGAGACCCUCUUCCUGUAAUUAGCUGGCUAAAGGAGGGCUUUACUUUCCUGGGUAGAGAUCCAAGAGCAACAAUCCUGGAACAAGGAACCCUGCAGAUUAAGAAUUUACGGAUCUCUGAUACUGGCACUUAUACUUGUGUGGCUACAAGUUCAAGUGGGGAGACUUCCUGGAGUGCAGUGCUGGAUGUAACAGAAUCUGGAGCAACAAUCAGUAAAAAUUAUGAUAUAAAUGACCUGCCGGGGCCACCAUCCAAACCACAGGUCACUGAUGUUACUAAGAACAGUGUUACCUUAUCCUGGCAACCAGGUACACCUGGAGUUCUUCCAGCAAGUGCAUAUAUCAUUGAAGCUUUCAGCCAGUCAGUGAGCAAUAGCUGGCAGACAGUGGCAAACCACGUUAAGACAACUCUCUAUACUGUAAGAGGGCUGAGGCCCAAUACAAUCUACUUGUUCAUGGUCAGAGCGAUCAACCCCCAAGGUCUCAGUGACCCAAGCCCUAUGUCGGAUCCUGUACGUACACAAGAUAUCAGCCCCCCAGCACAAGGAGUGGACCACAGACAAGUACAGAAAGAACUAGGGGAUGUCAUCGUUCGUCUCCAUACUCCAGUUGUUCUGACACCUACAACUGUUCAAGUCACAUGGACGGUGGAUCGGCAACCCCAGUUUAUUCAGGGCUACAGAGUGAUGUAUCGGCAGACUUCUGGCCUACAAGCUUCAACUGCAUGGCAAAAUCUAGAUGCCAAAGUCCCCACUGAGAGGAGUGCUGUCCUAGCAAAUCUGAAGAAGGGGGUAACUUACGAAAUUAAAGUCAGACCAUAUUUUAAUGAGUUCCAAGGAAUGGACAGUGAAUCAAAAACGGUCCGUACUACUGAGGAAGCCCCCAGUGCCCCUCCCCAGUCUGUGACUGUGCUGACCAUUGGAAGCCACAACAGCACAAGCAUUAGUGUAUCCUGGGAUCCUCCACCCCCAGACCACCAGAACGGAAUUAUUCAGGAAUAUAAGAUCUGGUGUCUGGGAAAUGAAACACGAUUCCAUAUUAACAAAACUGUGGAUGCAGCCAUCCGUUCUGUAGUAAUAGGUGGCUUAUUCCCUGGAAUUCAAUACCGGGUAGAAGUGGCCGCUAGCACAAGUGCAGGGGUUGGAGUAAAAAGUGAACCACAGCCAAUAAUAAUUGGGGGACGUAACGAAGUUGUUAUUACUGAAAACAAUAACAGCAUAACUGAGCAAAUCACUGAUGUUGUGAAGCAACCAGCAUUUAUUGCUGGCAUUGGUGGUGCCUGCUGGGUAAUUUUGAUGGGUUUUAGCAUCUGGUUGUAUUGGAGAAGAAAGAAGAGAAAGGGACUGAGCAAUUAUGCUGUAACAUUUCAAAGAGGAGAUGGAGGACUAAUGAGCAAUGGGAGCCGCCCAGGUCUUCUAAAUGCUGGGGAUCCCAAUUAUCCAUGGCUUGCUGAUUCAUGGCCAGCCACGAGUUUGCCAGUAAACAAUAGCAAUAGUGGCCCAAAUGAAAUUGGAAAUUUUGGGCGCGGAGACGUGCUGCCUCCAGUUCCAGGCCAAGGGGAUAAAACCGCAACGAUGCUUUCAGAUGGAGCCAUUUAUAGCAGCAUUGACUUCACUACCAAAACUACUUACAACAGUUCCAGCCAAAUAACACAGGCCACCCCAUAUGCCACGACCCAGAUCCUGCAUUCCAACAGCAUCCACGAACUGGCAGUUGAUCUUCCUGAUCCACAGUGGAAAAGCUCAAUUCAACAAAAGACAGACCUGAUGGGAUUUGGCUAUUCACUACCUGAUCAGAACAAGGGUAACAAUGCCUUACUUUACAUCCCUGACUACCGAUUGGCUGAGGGAUUGUCUAAUAGAAUGCCACACAACCAGUCACAGGAUUUCAGCACCACCAGCUCUCACAACAGCUCAGAAAGGAGUGGCAGUCUCUCAGGUGGGAAAGGUGGAAAAAAGAAGAAAAACAAAAAUUCUUCUAAAGGGCAGAAAAACAAUGGAUCGACUUGGGCUAAUGUCCCUCUACCUCCUCCUCCAGUCCAGCCCCUUCCUGGGACAGAACUGGGGCACUAUGCUGCAGAACAACAGGAAAAUGGCUAUGACAGUGACAGCUGGUGCCCACCGUUACCAGUGCAAACCUAUUUGCACCAGGGUAUGGAAGAUGAGCUGGAAGAAGACGAUGAUAGGGUCCCAACGCCUCCUGUUCGCGGGGUGGCCUCUUCACCUGCUAUCUCCUUUGGACAGCAGUCCACUGCCACUCUUACUCCAUCCCCACGGGAAGAGAUGCAACCCAUGCUUCAAGCUCACUUGGAUGAGUUAACAAGGGCCUAUCAGUUUGAUAUAGCAAAACAAACAUGGCACAUUCAAAGCAAUACUCCACCUCCACAGCCCCCAGUCCCACCAUUAGGUUAUGUGUCCGGAGCCUUGAUUUCUGAUUUGGAAACAGAUGUUCCAGAUGAGGAUGCUGAUGAUGAAGAGGAACCGAUAGACAUCCCCAGGCCCCUCAGAGCACUAGACCAGACACCUGGAUCCAGUAUGGACAAUCUAGAGAGCUCUGUGACAGGUUCAAUGGUAAAUGGAUGGGGCUCUGCAUCUGAUGAGGAUCGUAACUUUUCUAGUCAUAGAUCUAGUGUAGGUAGCUCCUCAGAUGGCUCCAUCUUUGCCAGCGUCAGCUUUGCACAAGCCUUGGUGGCAGCAGCAGAUAAAGCUGGUUUUAGGCUGGAUGGAACCAGUCUUACAAGAACAGGAAAAGCCUUUACCUCUUCUCAAAGGCCGCGGCCCACCAGUCCAUUUUCUACCGACAGUAACACCAGCGCUGCCCUGAAUCCAAGCCAGCGGCCUCGGCCCACCAAAAAACAUAAGGGAGGGCGGAUGGACACACAGCCAGUGUUACCUCAUCGGAGAGAAGGGAUGCCAGAUGAUCUUCCCCCAGCACCAGAUCCCCCACCAAGUCAGGGUUUAAGACAGCAGAUAGGCCUGAGCCAGCAUUCUGGUCACGUGGAAAAUUCAACAGAGAGAAAAGGAAGCUCCCUAGAGAGACAACAGGCCGCCAACUUAGAAGACACAAAGAGCUCACUGGAUUGUCCAGCUAAGACCGCCCUAGAGUGGCAGCGUCCAACCCAGGACUGGAUAAACUCUACAGACCGCCAAGAAGACACACGGAAAGCCCCACACAAACAAGGGGUUGGAUCAGAGGAGUCCUUGGUCCCUUACAGCAAGCCCAGCUUCCCAUCUCCAGGUGGACACAGCUCUUCGGGAACAUCUUCCUCUAAAGGGUCUACUGGCCCUCGGAAGGCUGAAGUAUUGAGGGGCGGCCACCAGCGGAAUGCCAGUGACCUUCUGGACAUUGGAUAUGUGGGCUCAAAUAGUCAAGGACAGUUUACAGGUGAAUUGUAGUAACUGAGAGGGGACAUACAAAGAUGCUCUGAGGACCAUCAGGUCUGAACUCAUGGAAGUGAUAACAUUUAACAGUGCAAUGAACAAUUUCUUUAUUUAUGUACUAUUAACAAAACUGUAAAUGCAAUGUAAAAACACACAGCCACACAUAUCCCACAGUUAUUUUCUUGUGUUCUCCUCUUAAUUACACCACCUACCUUAACUCUUUCUUGUCAGGAGUAUAUAAGAAAAAGAAAGAACGCAAACUCACCCUCCAGGAAAAAAAGGAUUUUCCUCUGUAUAUAAUUUCUUUUUUGCAUUGCUAUGCAAGCUCACUCUUUUUAGCUCUGUUCAUAUUAUUGUCUGUUCUUAUUGGUCUGUUGUACUAUAUGUGAAUUAAUGGGCUGUGGUGCCAUAUAUUAACUUUUAAUUGUGUAACUUUUUAUGUUUAAAUUUUGCACUGCAAUUUUAUUUGGUGAUAAGCACAAAUCUCUACUCCUCAUGACAUGAAGAAAAGAUUGAAUGUGAAGGGAGUUUUCUGUACUGUAAGUUAGGUUGGGUAAUGCUGGUGUAACCAAUCCUGUGCGAUGGUUUUCAUUUGGGGGUGUAGAAAUAGGAAGAUUUGAAGGAAUGAUGGUGUUGGCAAAGUCUUCUUGAAAAAUUGGAUAUUGAGUCAAUUUUAAGAAGCAGAAAGAUGGCUUUUAGUAUUGAGAAAAGCAGGGGUCAAAAGAAGGAAGUUUAAGUCUACACAGAAUAUGGGUUAAAGUAUGCUGGUAGCAAAGAUGUACUAACUUGCUUUAAAAAUAUAAUUAAAAUUUUAUUUAGAAGCAACUUUACUUGCCAUUGUAAUUGAACCAACUGAGAAUUACAAUGAGCAAAAUGAAAUCAAGGUUGUUUGAAGAGAUCUGUAUUUAUAUUACAGCUUUUAAAAAACAGCAUUUUUGAAUUACCAUAAUUAAUCUUUCCAACUCAUUAAGUCAGAGUAUAAAAUGAAGUUCCCCAAGGAAACAAAGAAAAUGAAUUCUAGGAAUCUAACAAAUAGUUAAAGAAGCAACUUAUUAUUAGGGCAUACUCGGGCUACUCUUGAAUAUUGCGAUAUCUUGCUCAUCUUUCUAAUACAUGUACAGUACAUACUAGAGGAUGUAGCCACAUCACUUAAGUUCAUUACUUAAAAAAAAAAAACUAAUGCAUUCUACAUACAAUUUUGUGUUUCUUUUGAUUAAAAAGUGAAAUUGAUGCCACCAAAUGUAUAGCCAAGUUGUAAGUGCUUAAAGGCAGUGCUCACAGUAUGUUCAGUUUACAAUUAGUAGAUAUAUUGGACUAAAUAUUUUCUGGUACAUUCUCAGAAAUUGGCUACCAACGAAAAUCUGUUUGACCCAUUUUGAAUGAGUAAAUUGGAAAGAACAGUCAAAGGGAGAAAAAUGCAUGUUUAUACACUUUUUAAAUAAAACCAAAUCUUGUAAGUGGACAUUAAUAACAGUGUCCUGCCUCAUUUGUUUUAACGACCUUGAGAACAAGGAGUUUCUGGACAUCAAUUAUGUAUACUCAAGAUAAAUGUGACUUUGAAAUGUAUGUUAGCUACUGUACAUGUAUGUAAGUCAAGUAGAUGAUAGCCUUCCUGAACUUACCACUGAUGACGUUUUCCCAUGUGCUAGCUACACAAUCUUAAAUUCUAGUCCAAACAAUAUUUUGUAUUAUUUUUUUCUUAUGAUAUGUUCAAUAGAUGGUAUCUUGAAAAAUAUUCAAUGUGAUGGUCAAAAUAUUCAAUUUUCAAGUAGGGGACAUUUUGAUUGACACAACACACUGUGUAUUAUUGGCUCAGAUGCCAACUUUUAUGACCUUAUUAUAUAAAAUACAUAAGUACAUGGUUCCAAGGCUACUGUACCACAGGAAAGCAUAGAGUGUGAUGUUAUACAUGGGUCUCAAAAUUUUCUUAGUGCCAUAAAGUUAACUUUCUUCACUGAAGGGACAAAUAAUUCUGACACACCGUUUAACAACUUUUUAGCAUCCGUGCCUGAGUUUUACUGAAAUUUGAUGUCUCUGGUACAAGGAAAUGGGAAAAGUUGAACAGUUUCUGUGUAAAACAAAAAGGAUUAUGUAAUUAUUUUCAAUUCCAAGAUGCGAUGAAUUUAAUUUUGCACGUACACAGUUCCUUAUUCCAUGGCCUCUAUUUAAAUGCAUAAGACCUUUUAAGAAAUAUAUUUAGUUGGAUUAUCACUUUAUGUUCAUGAAUAAUAUAGUUUAGUGUAAAAUAGUAUAUCAUAUGUAUGGUAACUGACAUUUGCAGAUUAUUAUCAACCCAAGUCACAAGAAAUAAUAUCUGCAGAACACAUGAUGACUUGAAGAAUGAUUUGGGAUUAUAGCACCAUGUCUUCCCGAUUGCCUUCAGUAUAGAAUCAUAAACAGUUAGAUUGUGAUCCGUACAGAUUACAGACCGUGAUUACUGCAAAGUCUUGUACCCAAUAUCUGCCAUGAAGACAAGAUAACAUGCUAUGGUAAUUUGAAUUCAGGCAUACUAUCAACAACAGAAAACCUUCAUCAUCUAGAUAUUUGUACAAAUCCAUUCACCAUUAACGUUCGGAUUGUUGACUGAGGAACACGUACCUCCUGAGAGUCCCAUGUCUUCCCCUUUUGUAGCUGAUUGAAUGUGAUGGAAAAUCUACGGAGCUCACUUUUCUGUGAGCCUGAACAGAAACCUGCAUAAGCCAUCAGAAGGAAAUCUGGGUGGGAAUGAAACCUCAUUUUUUUGAUCAUCCGCAAUACUGCUGUGUAGUCAGGCCAGACCCAAGCACAGCUUCUUUCAGAACAGGCCAAGUCUCCUUAGGGAAUGCAAUAUCAGUACCCAAACUCAGGUAUGCCAGUAUAAGCAGUGGAGUCUGCCUACCCUUUUCAUGUCAUUUUACAAAAGUAACAGGAGAGGACAGGGCUAUGGAAACAAUGAACUCCAUCAUAGGAUUUGGAGCAGCUCAAGGAAGUAUAUAGGAAAGUCAAAACCAAUGGGUAAGGCAUCACACAACCAAAGUGAAGUAAAACCUUCCAAAUUUACUUACUCUGACUAAGAAAACAGAUUUAGUAUGUUCUAUGUUAAAGUAUAAUGCUCUACAUAUUUAAAUACAUUUUUAAUGGGGUUUAAGUUGCAAGUUUGUAUGUGGUUUCAUGGAAUAUAACCAAGUUCUACUUAAUGAAAUUAUGCAAUUUUCAUUGAUGAUAAAGCAAUUACCACAUCAAUGAGCUCCCAACUGCAGAUCACUUCCCCUGAGAAGUAAUCUUGUCAGUAUUGAAGAUAUGCAGAAACAUAACAUUCGCUACUGUUAGUUUAUUCAUCUACUUCUGUAUAUUGUGCAAAAAAAAAUGAACCUGUCUUUACACAUUACCUGAGAGGUGAAAUGAUUUUUUACUUUGCUUCGUCAUAAUGCGUACUUCAAAUGAAACACCAUACAUUUUUUAAAUGACAUGCAAUUUACAAAUAUUUUUUACUCUCAUAAUUUUAAAAAUGUUCAUUGUGAUUUUAAAGUGUUACAAGACAAGGGAUUUUGUGGCCGUGGAUAGACUUUUUAUACUUUGUUUUAUAGAUGGAUUUUUUUCAUUGUAGUUUAUUUGAGUCAACAAACAAUAUCCCAAAUCUUAUUGUGUUUCAUUUGAUAUUGUUAGAUCAGCAAAGAAAUUGGCAUAAAUUGAUUCAUAGUAUUGUCAAAAAAUUGUGUAUUGUGUAUUCACUGGGAAAAAUAAAAAUAUAUUCACAUUUCAAUUUUGUAAAAAAAAAGCCAUUUAUGUAAAACAAAUUUGUCUGUGGACAAACCAAAAAUAGAUCAUUGUCUCACUUUUAGAA